CAGCAUUUCCUUCAGUUGUGCAUGAGGUCACUGUGAGUCACAGGCUGACUCAGUGGCAGCUAACAACAACGUAUUUGCAUUUUAAAGAACUUGGUUUAAGAAAUUUUCCUUCUUGAGAUUAUUGGAGUCAUAAAAUUAAGGCGGGGGAGUGGUUAGUUGGUCUCUAGGAAGGGCCUUGGCCUGGGUUUUGGCCCUGGGAGUUUCAGUAUUUAGCUCCAUGACUUUGAGCUGUGUUGACUAGUGUGUAAAAAGUUCAUUUUUUGAUGUACUCUUGUUCACUCUUUCAUAAUUUUCAUCUGCUCAGUGGGUACCACCACUUGGCAUUUAUUCUUACAGUUUUGCAAAUGUAAUAUACUGUAUGUCACUAUGAAGAGUGCCAGUGAAAACAUUUCCUUGUAAACUAUCACUGCUUGCUGUGAAUGAUUCACAUAUGUGAUUAGAAUGUCUCUAGGUAUUAUUAAACACUUAUUUGGCUUUAUUCUAUCUUCAUAGAGUGACAUUGCAGACUGCAUGCCCAGUGUUAGAGUAAAAACUCGUCUACUAUAUUUAAAACAAAAAAAGGAAGUACUGAUCUCAAAUAGUUUCAAAGAAGAGAACAUUGGAAACACGAGUACCAAAUACACUGCUCAGGUAUGCCAUGAAGCCUUAAUAUUAUAUUAGCCGUAUUAAAUCUAGCUAGUUAAUACUUACUGAGCACCUCCUUUGUGUGAGCUUUGCACUAGGCACUGUGGGUGGCUCAGCAAAGAAGCAUACAGCCUCAAAGGGAAGGUAGGACAUUUUUGAAAUAGAUGUUUCUAUUAGGAUUUUGCAGAGCCACCCACCUAUUUGCAUGUUUCUGUAUUAUUUUUAGAGAAAUUAUAUGUUGCUUGUGACUUGGAAGUUUUCAAGAUUAGAUGCUAUUGUCAUCCUGCAGGUUGUGAUUCCUCUGUUUUUCUUCUCUUCCUCCUUACCAGCCUGCUUGAUUAGAUACAAUCUGCUCCUGGAUCGACAGGGUUCUUGCCUUCUCUUCUCUCACUUGGGGACAGUGGUUUCGUCUCUCUCCCUACUAAGGAUUCAGAUCUUCUGAAGGAAGGAAACAUUUCCAUUCUCUAAGAAAAUAAUUUUGCCAACUCCCUGAGAGCAGGGAGUUUUAAUUAAGUACCAGCAUUGAGAGUAAGCAUGAGGUUACGAUCCUGGGAGGACUGAAUGAAUUUGUAGUGAAGUUUUAUGGACCACAAGGAACACCGUAUGAAGGCGGAGUAUGGAAAGUUAGAGUGGAUCUUCCUGAUAAAUACCCUUUCAAAUCUCCAUCUAUAGUUUUAUGCAGAGAGCUGGUGUGAUAGAAUCGACAGAAUUGCCUACUAUAGAUCGGACAUUCAGGAAGGGCCUCUCUGAGAAAGUAAAUGGAAGCUGACACUUUAAUGAAAAAAAGAAGCCAGCCCUGAUCCCCACGAUCAAGGGGGCGGAAAGAAUGCCCAUUCCUCAGCCUCCAUAUUAUCAGAGAGAAAGGAAGAAACAGAAAGAGGACCCCUUGUUGAGUUUAGAUCUCCUGAGCAAACACAGGAUCAGUUAAGAAGUUCCCAUGACACAGGGCAUUGACACUGAGCUCCUUCCUUGGUUCCUCACCCAAGAAGAGACCAGCCCAGGUCCAGCUGUCCUGAGUAGGAAAGGCUCAGCUCUCUGAAGAGACUUCUGCCCGGGUGCAGGCUGCCACGGGCUGGGCCUGGCUGUCUGAGGAUUCAUGAAUAAAAUUUUCCAUCCCAACAUUGAUGAAGCGUCAGGAACCGUGUGUCUAGAUGUAAUUAAUCAAACUUGGACAGCUCUCUAUGAUCUUACCAAUAUAUUUGAGUCCUUCCUGCCCCAGUUGUUGGCCUAUCCUAACCCCAUAGACCCUCUCAAUGGUGACGCUGCAGCCAUGUACCUCCACCGACCAGAAGAAUACAAGCAGAAAAUUAAAGAGUAUAUUCAGAAAUACGCAACGGAGGAGGCGCUGAAAGAGCAGGAGGAGGGCACCGGUGACAGCUCGUCGGAGAGUUCCAUGUCUGACUUCUCAGAAGACGAGGCCCAGGAUAUGGAGUUGUAGUAGAAAAUGCGCCUGCUUUUCAGAAAGACUAUUAUUUCCUAACCGUGAGAAGCAGACUAUAAUAUUCAUAUUUAAACAAAGCAAUUUUUUUUAUUACUAAACAAGGUUUUUAUGGAUAAUAGCAUUGAUAUAUAUAUAUUAUAUAUCACCCUUUAGAUCGUGAUUUAUUGGUCAUUUCUCAACCUGAGGUGCAUAGCAUAUUCCCACAUUCCAUUUUGGUAGCAAUAUGCAGCCCGAAUGCAUGCAUUCAUAAGUCCAUGGCCAAGGCUGCCUGUGCGCUCCUGAACCGUCAAAAGAAAUAGCCGCUCUGAUAGGUAGAUGUGAGUAACCAUCUUCUCUUAUUGAUGGUUCCAAAGAAACAAACCAAACCAACCAGCUCUUGGACGUGAAGAUAGAAUAGUGCUUUUUCCAAAUGGAAAGGAACAGACUGGGGAGGGAAAAGGCCUUCGUGGAGCAGUGAGAGCCUGCCCGCAAGAGCCAGAGCCGCUCCUUCCUGUUAAUCCUAGGUGGCCCCGUUUCUGUGGAGUAACAGUAUACAACAGGGAGCUAAUCGGAGUAUUGAAACUUAAAACCAUUUUUUUGACUCGGAUUUUAAGUACAUUUUUAUAUGUAGAUUUCCUGCCCUUCAAGCUACCGGGCCCUGCAGCCACAGUGUUUUGCUUUGGAGAACCUUUUGAAAGUGUUUUCUGAACCUGAUCCUUUUUCUUGGGGGUAGAGCUUAUAAUCCAGACCUUUUUUGAGAGGCCAGGACAGGAGGAGAAAAGUGACCAGGAAGAUGCUUCCAUUGACCUGAAACACAAGUCACAGCCUAAUCCUACUGUUGGCCGGUGUGAGACUGCCAUCUUGGAAUAAGAGCUUUAAAUGUAAGGGUUUUGGGGGGUGUGUGUGAACUGUGCUUAGGUUGCAAAUGUAAAACAAGACAGGCUCCUCCUCGCACCCGCUGCUCGGUGGGCCACCAGGCCGGGAAGAAGACCUCUGUGGCUGUGGACCCUGGGUGCUCCCGUGCGUCUUUGUUUCUGUUUCCCUUCUGCCAUUCGCCUGGCAGCAGCCUGGUCACUGUCUGCUUGUGGGAGUGGGAAAUGGGUAUUUUGACCCAAAACACAUUUUAAAUUGAAAAUGAAUAAUAAUUGGAACAAAUAAAGGUUCUUAGACCCAAAGUGACUCUAUGUGGGAAAAACAAACACAGCUUUAUUCAGAGUAUGACUGAUAGGAAAGGGGGACUCAGAAAUGUGAUGUCAUAGAACAGGUUUUGAAGGAAGGAAAUUUUUUUUCUCCUGUGUAUAUGUCAAGAGGAAAAUCAGACCGUUGAAAAUGCCCACUAAUCAAAUGUGUACUCAGCUAACCAUAUGUCCAGGUUGCCGGCAGAGUCUCCUUCAAAUCUGAGGGUCGCCUGCUGAAUUUGAGGAGAACUCGGAGACGUAUUCUUUUUUGCCACAACAGACAGGACAGAAUUAGCCAAUCCUAAAACCUCCUAAAGACAAUUUUUGAAUGUCCUGCUGGGAUACUUUUUCUUUUUGGUGUGUGUUUUUAGUUUAGAAGUGCUAUAUUCCACAAGGUUUGAGUCAGUGAGGUUGGAGGAUAACCCUAUCUUUUUUUUUUUUUUUUUAAUUCAUAAAGCACAAUCAGUCUUUUCUUUGAAAAUCUAUAUAAAGUACAACUUGCUUUUAGCAUGAUUAUUUUCCUAAAUAAAAAGACAAAUAAUUUACUUAUUUUAUGUUAAUUACGGGCAUGAAGCAAAAGGUUUUCUUUAAAAAAAAAAUAAAAGUGCAGUUAUAUAGGGCUGUGGUUAGUUCACGUACUGAGUUAUCUAUCUAGCAUUUGUGGCUUGUUGGAAGGGUAGUAUUAACUAUUUAACAUGUAAUGGUGUACUUUAACUCUUAUCUAGCACGUUGUCUUCUCAUUACUUUGGGGGAGGGAGGGUCUCUGCUGGCACUGUCUAACCUGCUUACCUGCUGAAUUAGCAGUUCGCUUGUGCUAUAACCUUUAUUGUAGGUGCUAUUUAGGGUAGGCUUAAAGUACUGGGUGGUGAUUUCAGUUCAAACAAUAAAAAAUUGUAUUUUUUCAA